AAAGUGAUGUCAUUCUUUUUGGAGCGCGAAAAUAUCCGAAUCCUUUAGCGUCGCAUUUUUCAUUGCAUUGGAAUUGGAAGUUGCAACUGUUUUUUGUGAAGGGGAAAUGGCAGAAACGAAGCGCGUUUCAAAAGAGCAACUCUGCAUAAUGCUGGAUUGGAUGGAAGACAAUAAUAAGUUAUUUACUAACCAAUUAACAAAUGACUUCACCAAUCAGGACAAAAAAAGAUGUGGACUGCAUUAACCGCCACUUUGAAUGCGCAAGGAGGGCAUGGAUUGAUUGGAAGUCAAGCGUGAAAAAGAAGGCCGCCGAGAUCAUCAAAGAAAAUAAUAAAACUGGCGGGGGUUCACCUUCUGGCAAGCAGCUGAGUGAGCUGGAGGCAAGAUGUGCGGCCCUCUUAGGCAGAACAGCCAUAACAGGAAUGGAAGAAAUUCCCUCCACUGCCAGUGAUGAAGAAAUAUCCGCAGAAACCCCAAGGAGGCCCCUUGGGGAAAUUAGCUGUAGCAAGAGGCCCCUUAUGGAAAACGACAGCGGCAGCAGCAGCAAAAAAAAGAGAAAUGAGGUGCCCCUACAGGAAAUAGUAGAUUUACAAGAACGACAAGAUACCAGUAUGGAUAAAAUGGGGGAAAAAAUCGACAGACUGACUGCCGCUGUCGAAAACUUAACUCGCACAAUUUCCAACAUGGGAAACUUAAUGUAUGCAUCUCUCGAGCGACUGUAUAAUAAAACGCAAUAA